AAGACCUUCACUGUUGACUCAAGCGUAAAGUUUACGUCUGUGCAUGACUCAUUCCACGCAUCUUGUACAGAUGGAACAUUUACGAAGAGGUACUUAACCAUAUGAGCAGCAUUAUAAAAUUUCCUCAGCUGUACUAGAGGAAGCAAAAUCACAUAUAAACUAAACAAUAAUGGUAAUGGCCUCUCCAGGAUCAUCUGUUUUCAUUCUAUGUAUGUUUAUCUGUAGUGUUUCUGUUAUUCGGUCUGAUUUCUAUAACGUGGCCUGUGGUCGUGACAACAAAGUCAAUUACACUAGUACCAGCAUUUAUAAGAGGAACCUAGACACCGUUCAAGCCACCCUCAUUUCCGCUGCAAAAAAGAGCAGCUCUGGUUUCUAUAAUGCCUCUGUGGGUGAGGGUCUGGACCAGGUUAAUGCUCUUGUUUAUUGUAGACGGGACGUUCAACCUGAUAUCUGCAGAAGCUGUGUGAAGGACUCAAUGAACAAGUUAAGAGAAUUGUGUCCUUCCACUAAGGAGGCUGAUAUAUGGUACGAUGAGUGUAUACUAAGAUACUCGAAUGCUUCAAUUUUUAACAAAGUGGAAACUUGGCCUACUGUGUAUUGGCAACUUCAGAAUAAUGUUACUGAUGUGAUUCAAUUCAAUAAGAACCUUCGUGAUUUGUUGGAUAAGUUGAAGGGACGAGUUGCACAAGAAAAGUUUGCCACGGGGAAUGUAACUGCUGAGGACGUCUUCUCGACUCUUAAUCACGAGUACUUCUUCUCGACUAUUUAUGGCCUAAUGCAGUGCAGUCCUGAUUUGUCUUUGAAACAGUGCACUAAUUGUAUCGAUCAACUUGAGGUAUUUCUUCAAUCAUGUUGUAGUGGAAAAAUAAGAGGGCACAUUACUAACCCCAGCUGUGACAUUAGAUAUGAAACGUAUCGUUUUUAUAACGAGACUCUGGUGAAUGCACCUCCUCCACAGUCGCAGCUGCCUCUGAAACCGCCAUUAGUACCACCUCCUGCUGCUGGCAAAGAUGAUAGUAAUAAGCGAAUGGUACUUAUUAUUGUCGUUGUCAUUGUUGGUUUUGUGAUACUCCUGUUUGUUAUGGUUUGCGUUGUGAAAAGAAGACGAGAGCAGAGGACAUAUAUCGGGAGAUCCCGGAAUGAUGAUGACGAUGUCGUAGACAUAAGUACCAUUGAAUCCCUGAGAUAUGACUUUAGUACUAUUCAAGCAGCUACAAAUAGUUUUUCAGAUAGUAAUAAACUUGGUGAAGGUGGAUUUGGAUCCGUUUAUAAGGGUGCAUUCCAAGAUAGUAAAGAAAUAGCGGUGAAGCGACUUUCUAGAGGUUCUAAUCAAGGGCAAAAAGAAUUCAUUAAUGAGGUCAUAUUAGUGGCCAAACUGCAGCACAGAAAUUUAGUUAAACUUGUUGGAUUCUGCUUUGAAGGAAGUGAAAGACUUCUCAUCUAUGAGUUUAUGCCUAAUGCAAGUCUGGACUACUUCAUAUUUGAUAUGAUGAAACGUUCGUAUUUGGACUGGGAAAGACGAUACAAGAUAAUAAGUGGAGUUGCUAGGGGAAUUCUGUACCUUCACGAGGAUUCUAGACUACGGAUUAUUCACCGUGAUCUAAAAGCUAGCAAUGUUCUGCUAGAUGCAGAUAUGAACCCUAAAAUUGCAGAUUUUGGCAUCGCAAGACUAUUUGACUUGAAUGAAACUCAAGCAAUGACAAAUAAAAUUGUGGGAACAUAUGGGUAUAUGGCACCGGAGUAUGCAAUGUAUGGCCAGUUCUCAGUUAAGUCUGACGUAUUCAGCUUUGGCGUAUUAGUUCUGGAAAUACUUAGCGGUAAGAAGAAUCAUAAUUUCCGAAAUGGGGGCAAUGUAGAGGAGCUUGCUAGCUUUGCAUGGAAGAAUUGGCGAGAAGGGACCUUGUCCAAUGUCAUAGAUCCAAUACUGAAAAACAGUUCAGGAUCGAUACACGAAAUGAUCAGAUGUAUUCACAUCGGGCUACUAUGUGUACAAGAAAAAGUUACGGACAGGCCUACCAUGGCAUCAGUGGUACUAAUGCUAAAUAGCUUCUCUCACUCUCUUGCUGUACCUUCUAAGCCUGCGUUCUUAAUGCACAGUAGCAGUGAUACCGAAAAUAAUUCUAGAAACAGCACAGAAAAUUCUGUCCAGUACUCUAUCGAUGAGGCUUCAAUCACAGAUCUAUAUCCACGAUAACAAGACACAGAAACGUGGAAAUGAUCCAGAAGUGACAUUGGUUACAGAUAAUAUUAGUUCCAGGGGAAGCAACAGAUCUAGCAUCAGCAAGGAAAAUUCUGUUAAGUACUCUAUUAACGAGCCUUCAAUCACCGCUGUGUAUUCAUGAUGACGAGUGGUGGAUUUUAUAUAUUCUUGCUCGUUUAGCAGCCUUUGAAGUUUUAUUUGUAUUUUCAAUGUUUUGCCAAAAACGGAAGUACAAAAAGAAUAUACAAAGCUAAGCUGUGUUUUAAUAUAAGCAACAUGCCUUGUGAAAGCUGAGAAUGUUUUUUCCUGGCCGGGGCUCCAGCCCCCCCUCGCCCCCCCCAGUUCCGCCCCUGUCUGCCUGAGUUUAAAAUAAAGCCCUGCCAAAACUACCAUUGUCAAAAAAUGUAAUACACAGGAAUGUAAAAUCAAGAAGCUAGUUAUUUUUAUGUCCUUGACCCUGCUGUUUCAAUAAACUGCAAUUUGCUUAACAAUUUAGUCGAUUAAGAUAUAUGUAUGAUCUCAUCAGUAACUCCUGAUACGUUAGAUAUUAGUUUAUGUUAUAAACAACUGACUCUUGUCCAUGAUAUUAUUCACAAUAAAAUUAAGAGUAAAUUUCAGGGUGUGGCUACGUUUUACACUGAUUAGCAGAAAGGUGACUAAAGUUCGACUCUGCCUUUCAAAAUCUUGGUUGCUGCUAAGAACAUUAGUUUUCAACCGUUGACUCGUUUAAAAAACAUAAACUAAAGAAGUCAAUCUUCAUCCACAUUUAUGCAAAUUUAAAAUUCAGUCACAUUUUUGCAAAUCUGUGUAAAACCUAG